AUGAAGUCUAUUUCCGCGUCAUCCUGUGCUGCGGCGGCUUUCGCGCUUUCACUCGCAGCCUGUUUGGCACCACAAGUGCACGCACAAACGGCCGGUGUUCCUGGCACCAUCAACGUGGGUAAUGGCCAAUCAGUAGCAACCUUCCCGUCCGGUUUGGGCGGCCUGUCCACCGGCUCAGCCAUCUCGUUCACACCCGGUGCAGCAUCGCCGGGCACCCAGUCGCCUUAUUACGUCGCCACCGAUGCGGCCCAGUCUUCCACUCUCGCCUCGCUGCUCACACACUACUCGCAAGGAAUCACGGCCGCCACGCCGACCACCGGUCCGCCCGCAGGGAUCAGCACGGGCGUCCCCGGCGGGUUCACGGGCUCAAAUACCGUCUCCGUCCUGGACGGCAGCAUCACCACCAUCCCGAAUGCUGCAACGACCUACAAGGGGCCCAGGUCGAGCAGCUCCAGCUCCAGCUCCAGUGGCUCACCCAACGGCGCGCAGGGCUUGGGGGACGUCAACACGGGGAAGCUGGGUGCGGUUGCGGUCAUGGCGCUGGCAGUCGCCGCGGGGGGCGCGUGGCUUCUUUAG